AACUUUUUUUGUUUUUAUAAUAUUAAUAUUAACUUUCCAAUAUAGUGAAAAUGGAAAUUAAAAAUCGGUAUUCAAUUUAAGAGUUGAAUUUUUUCUUUUCAUUUAUUAUAAAUCUUAUGUUGCCGUUUGGGAUUAAGUGUAUUAUCAUUAAUUUGUCAUUAAUCAGUUUAUAUAUAUAUAUAUGACGAAUAUUUUAUAUGAAAUUUAAAUUGAUCUAAAAUGUAUUCUACGGAUACAGAGGGGACAUUAUCUGUUGGCAAAAAGAGAGAAGAUCGUGGAGUACAAUUGAAGCAUAGAUUUGGUCCUUUAAAUCUCGAUGUAAAAUAUCCUGGCACUGCAAUAUUACUUCUACAAUGUCAGGAAAAUACAAUCCUUUUGAAUGCAGCAGCUGCACUAUCCAAAUAUGCUACAAAGUCUCAAGAAAAUAUAAAUAUACUUUUUGACCUUGACAUCGUUAAGAGUAUAUUACCUUUGAUCGAUCACGAAGAUUUAUUUACACGAAGAUUUGCUGCAAAACUAUUAGCUGAAAUGACGGCUGUACCAUCUAUCAGAGAUUUCUUAUUGGAAUCCGAUUAUCACAUGUCUUAUUUCACAAAAGUAUUAAUCAAUGAACAAGAUUUGUUCAUGCAAGAAUUUUCUUCUCUUAUACUUGCUGAAUUAUCGAAAGACAUGUAUGGAGCCGCUCGAUUGUUAGAACAAUGUCCAAAUAUGAAUUUUCUUUAUGAAAGAAUUCAAUCUACAGAUCCUGACGUAAGGAAGAAUAAUAUAGAGAUAAUAUAUAAUCUGAUACAAGAUACAAUAGGCGUGCAAAAGAUUAUAAAUGCUGAACAUUUCAGUUUUCCUUUGAUAUAUCGGCUUUUGCAAGAAACUUAUCCAGAGAUUCAACAUUUAGCCUUGAACGUUAUUAGCGAUCUAUUGGCAAGGAACAAGGAUGAGUAUAUACAUAAUCUUUUUCGAGAGACGAAGGGUUUAGAAGCGCUGUUAAAUUUUCUGGCUGUAAGAAAUCUCUGUAGGACAAUUCUAUAGCUG